UACUCUAAUACUCGUGACUGGCCGCGAGUAAUCACACUACUGUAACGGCGUCACCAAUCAGCGCCGCUGAGGCUGCUAUAUAGGAGCGCACGCGAGGCACACUGGACAGCAGGACGCACGAGACCGAAGACCGCAGAGGCUGCAGAGCGAGCGCGCGGAGAGCUUCGGAGACAUUUGGCGGGAGCCCGGCACAGCGCUUUGACGCACGCACGCGCUAUGGACUACUGUUGAGCUCAGAGAGAAGACGCACAGUACAGCCGCUGCUCGCGCCUCGAAAACGUACUCGUUUGUAUUUUUUGUUCUGAAGUUGAUUAUCGGCCGUUAUUUUAUUACAACACUACGUCUAAGUGAAUCUAAAAGCAGGUCUGGCAUCAUGAAGUUGCUGCUUUUACCUGUUUUAAUGGCUUUUUUCGCCGUCGCCCAAGUUUUUUGCGAGGAAAUCGACCCAAAAGAAGACGCUGACUACUGGACGAGCAGUAAUCAGAUUCAGGACGGCUGGCUCUCCAACGACCCAUUCAGAGAAAUCCUUCUGAGGAUGACGAGAAAGCCGCGGCCACAUCAGUUCAUUGGCCUGAUGGGGAAACGCUCCACGGCAAACGCACAGAUCACCCACAAAAGACGAAUGGGAACCCUGACCACUGCAAACCCAGGUCCCAGUGUCUUACUGAGGCACAAAGUCAACUCCUUUGUUGGACUGAUGGGGAAAAGAAGCCAAGAGGAGCCAGAGUCCUAUGAGUGGAGCACAAUACAGACGUACGACAAGCGCCGCUGAGCAAUCAUCUCCUCUCCUGCCUGCUUCUCAUCUAGCCAUUCCUCAUCCACGGGAGGGGUGCCCGAUGCUGCUUUUGUUUUCUCCAAAACUGUGUGUAGCUGUUAGUCAAAUAAAAUGAUUCUGUUUCCACAUUGUAGUGAUGUAGCAGUGCUGUACCUGUGCCAGUUUCAUUCGUCCCAGCAGAAGGUGGAUGAGGAGGGGGAAUGGUGUCAUUAUCAAUGUUAGUGUUUUCUGUGAGCGUUUUCCACCAGCUGCCGUGCUACAAAAGACUAAAUGUUGUUGUGGACCAUCAAUGCAAAGCUAUACCCUGGGGUAUGCUGAAAAUUGCACUGCCAAAGUCACUGUAUAGUGCCUCAUAACUGUUUAACUGCAACUGAUUGUUCUAUAAAUAACACACUGGUUCUCCUUUUGACUUUCAACUGACUUUAGAAGAGCUGUCAUGUUCUCCACCUGCACAUAUGGUGCAGUAUGACAGGAUACCUGUGUGUAAUAUUAAAAUUAUUUUCUUUACUGGUUCAA